UUACUUGGAAAAGAGGAAAACAGUGUGAACGAAUACGCACGGUAUGCUUCAAAACCGCCACCCUUAAAAACCCACCAGACCCAAUCUCUCACUCAGGCGCGUCGUUUUUCAGACCUUUUCUCCACCGCCUCGCUUUGAUCCUGAGUAUCUAGGGUUAGGGUUCAUAGCUCCUAUUCAUAAACCUAACUUCUUGAAAUUCUAAAUCCGUGAAUAAAAUUCCGAUGGUCAAAAUUUGAGACCAAGAGGAUUAUAGGUGUUUCGGAUAAAAGAAUGUACAAUAUGGAGGGUAACUGCAGUGCUUGGGAGUUCCAAAUAUUCUUGAUGUCAUGCUCCUCACCCUCACCAGCACAGUUUGUUUGAAACUUCCCAAGGACCAGAAUUCUGUUUGGUUGCUGCACUUGAGCUUUUAUAUUUGAACUUGUUUAUAGAUAUUGAUCUAGUAGAUAAACAUGGAAGCAAACAGCGGAAAGGCAUCGGAUAGGGUUGUGCUUAAUCUGAAGCGUAAACAUGCUUCUCGACAUGCUACAUGUCCCAACGGAGCUCUGCGACCAGUGUUACCUCAAUGGGCAUCACUUGUAUCUCCAAGAAACAAAGUUGUCAAACAGAUGAAAUUGAACAGUUACAAGAGCAAACCGACGAAAUCAGAGACUCAUAUUAGACGGUCAUGGGUUAGAUAUUAUAUGAAUUAUAAGAAGAGUGGACGCCCUGAACGUUUGAUGGUCUAUCAAAAUGGUGAAUGGAAGGACUUUCCUCGGAAUGUUGUUGACUUGGUUAGGGAAGAUUUUAAUGCGAAGAAAGGAUCUGUGGAGGUAGAGUUACAUGGCCAUCAUCUUGUGCUGAAUUUUUUGCACAUGUAUCAGAUGAAUUUGAAAUCUGGUUUGCAGCGCCCUAUUGCCUGGAUUGAUGAGACAGGGUGCUGCUAUUUCCCUGAGAUUUAUGAUGAUUCUGAUGAAGGGCCUUAUGAUCCCUGCAAUCAGGAUAGUGGAGAAAGUCAGGAAUCAUUGUUCCAAGAUCCUAAUGAUAUUAAAUUACAUUUAGAAAUUGAAAUAAAUGGAGUCGAUGCUUCCAAGUUGGGGGAGUCCACAGGGGAGUCCAAUGUUAUAGUUAAGCAUACUCAAAUUGAUGCUAAACAAAAUGAUUUAGAAAUUGAAGAUAGUAGCAAUAACAUGGGAAAUGGAAAUGUUGGUGAAGCUGUUGAGCAAAAUAAAAAUAUAGUUGGUAGUGCAGUUGUAUAUGUAAGGUUGGAUUUGGAUACUGUACAGAAGAUGUUUCUUAAGGGAACUAGUAGUUUUGGUAGUGCUGACAUAGUUGAGAUUUACCCCUUCUCAAGUACAAUGAUGCUAUCACGAUUGGAGCUGUUUGAGAAGCAAGCUGAAAUUACGAAAAAUUGUCGUGGGGAUGCGAAUAUUCAAUAUGCCUGGCUUGCUUCUUCUAAAGGAGAACUAUCUACUAUGAUGAAGUGCGGGCUUGGUCAUUGUGGAAUAUCUACAUCUAAAUGCACACAUGGCUUUGGUGUUCAUCUUGCAGCUGCUACCUUUCCUUUUGCCAGUGCUAGUCAUUGUGAUAUUGACGAAAAUGGGGUUCGACACUUGGUCUUUUGCCGUGUAAUAAUGGGGAAUAUGGAGCUUCUCCGUCCUGGCACUAGACAGUUUCGUCCCAGUAGUAGUGACUAUGAUAGUGGGGUGGAUGACAUCCACAAUCCAAGAUACUAUAUAGUAUGGAAUAUGAAUACGAACACCCACAUCUGUCCAGAAUAUGUUGUUAGUUUCAAGGUCUCUUCUGCUACUGAAGGCCUUCUUUUAGGAAGUAAGACUAAGAAUAAUAUUUUUGGGGUUAACUCAGCUAGCCGAAGUCCUAAAAUCUUGUCACGUUCAGAAUCUUCUACAGUAGACACUGGAAUAGCAUCUGGUUCGCGUAGAGGUCCAACAUCCCCUUCAAUGCCUUUUCCUGUGCUUAUUGAUGCUCUCAAAAACAAGGUUUCUGCUAAGGAUAUGGAAGUUAUCAAUAUGCAUUAUCUGCAAUUCAGGGCAAAAAGGAUGACUCGUGAUGAUUUUGCUAAGAAGUUGAGGUUGAUUGUGCGAGAUGAUGCUCUCUUGAGAGCUACAAUAGUUGGCCUUCAAAGCAAGAUGCCCCCCCAACCAUCUCGCGUGAUCAAAACAGAACCUUAUUAAGUAUUGGGAGAUGACCUUUUCCGUCUUAGCGUGGAACACUGAACGAGAGAUGAACAUGUGAAUAUUGUUGGCUCUUGGGAUUACUGUCUGCUUUAAAAUGUUAUUUUGUUGUUAUGAACUUCAUUUGAAUUGUUUUAUUUUUAUUUUUAUCAAAUCUGUGAUGAGCUGUCCAGCACAAUGGUUCAAACAUUAAAAUUAGGCGUUUAUGAUAAAGCUGUUUGGAUAUUCCAUAUUGUUUUUGGUACUUGA